CGAUAAUGAACAGGCACCGCAAAUGAAUUAGCAAUAUAACACUCUGUUGCUGAUGUAGAAGCAGAUUCGAGAUAAAAAAUGACAACAGUAUGUCCAUGGCAGAACCUUAUUCCAGACACAAUUUUGCUGCACAUCUUUGGCUUUCUUGAAGCAAGGUCUUUAAUAAGGGCUAGUUGUACUUGCCAUAGAUGGCAUAGAAUUGCCAGAGAUGAGAGUCUGUGGAAAGUCCUGGCUCAGAUGGACUGGAAUACCAAAGGUGGCCACAAAGACAGUGAUCAGACCUGGUACAUGGAAUAUAAACGUUUAUUUUUCCAUGCACCAACACAAUUCAGUGAGAGAAUUGAAGGACACACUGACGAGGUUUUAGAUGUAGCAUUUUCACAUGAUGGAAGAUUAUUUUGCACGACUUCUAAAGAUACCAAGGUCAAGAUCUGGGAGGUCGGAAAUCCUACCCAGCUGCUACACUCAGCGGACCUAGGUCUGGCCUUGGAUUGGAACAUGACACAGUAUGCGACCUUCAAUAGUAACGACUCCUAUUUGUUAGUAUGUGGAGUUAAGUUCCAACUCCCAGCUGCUGGAUCUCAAUCUCUAGGCCUUGGAGUUGUAUUUAGGAUGAAAGAUUUCCGCCUGAUACAGGAGAUGCCGAUGGACCCACCCCACCUGUUUGCUGACUGGUAUAAUGACGAUAUUUGUGUUGGAGGAUUUGUACCUACUGCGGCCAACAAUGACUUUUUUUGUGUGAAGGCUUUUAAAGUUAUUGAUACUGUACCAGACAAUAUUCCACUGAGGUGUCCCUACAUUGAAGGAACUGUUAUCUAUUCAUUCUUUGGAGAUCAUCAUCGCACUAUGAAUCUUCUUGUGGCCAAUGUGCCUCACAAACAAACAAAAUUACCAGUCACAAGUAGUCAGUGUAAUUACUCAGUGAAAGACACCCCUCAAAACUCAGAAACUGAAUCUGAUUUGAUAGAAGCAUUUAAUAAUGAUUUCCAUUUAAGUCCAUCAGUGGCUCCCAAAGACCAUACUCAAGACUGUCCAAGUUAUGCUAACAUAUCAAAUAAUGGAGACAGUUCAAGCAGCUUAUAUAAAGAGCAGAGCCAGUCUACGAAACCUUCCACGAAAGUCUGUGAUAAAUAUGAAGAGAAACUUUCUGGUCUACAAGACUCUGUGUCCGUCUUGCAGGCCUUUGAUAAAUAUAUGAUAUUUGUAACAGGAGAACAGCACAAUGCUAUAGCCUUUCACAGGGUAGAAGAAUUGCCUGAUACACUAGAAGCAAAGGAGAGAGGUAAAAAAUUACAUGAAGAGUCAUUGAAGAAGUUUACAAAGUUAUCAACUGCUCCAGUUACUCAGCUGGCGACGCCAGAAAACCCUACCAAAAGCAUCCAUUUACCUGGUCAUUACAUUUCAGGCAUGAAGCUCUCUAGGGACCACAGAUACUUAUUUUUUAAUUGUCGAUAUGCUAUUUAUGAUGUGGAGCUAGGAUAUCCUAAGCUUAUGGAGGACAUGGAGGUAAAAGCGAUUGACCUUCAGACAUUUCGUCUGGUGCCUGAACUAGCAUUUGGUGGCCACAAGGGUUUCUCCGAGUUUCCAGCUUGGUACAUAUGCCUCGAUUCCUGUCAGGAUUAUGUUGCUAGCGGAAGUGAACAGUUCUUGGGAUACCUAUGGGACCGUCGUUAUCACACUUGUCUAGCCACACUUAGGCAUUGUGAAGGGGUCGUCAAUGGUGUGGCAUUUAACCCUGUGGACCCAGAGUGCCUAGUUACCGUGGCUGAUGAUCACAUCAUCAACAUCUGGCGAUCCAGAAACAGAAAGAAACAGAUUGGAGAACAUUCUUAGCUCAAGGCUCAAGUUGUAACUAGAACAAAAUCAACACAUGGUCUAUUUAUUGUUGGUAUUUUGAUGAUAAGUUUCCAGCUGGCUGCUUUUUAAAUCCUUCAAAAUGGGCAAUGUUGUACAAAUGUCAUGUCUAGCUUGAGUGGAUUUCUUUACUGGUAGAAGUUUAUUGUCCUGGUAACUCUAUAGGUAUGAAAUAUAUUCUAUUGUGAUUUUAUAUAUAGUAUAAGUCAGAAAAUAAACUUCUAACAUGCGGUAGGAUAUUGAUUUGUUCCCAGACAGUAGAAAUUGGUAUGUGUAAUUUAUUUCAGAAGGAGCUUGUGAAUAUUUGUGUACAGUACAUGUAUUGCACAUGUGAAGUCAGAGAUUAAAAUGUUACAUUUGUUUUGUUUGAUAUACAAAGUUCAAUAUUACUGUUUUAACAUACAGAUGUUGUUUGGUGAUAAAAUCUUUUCCUACACUUUUGAUAGCUAUAGAAAAGAAGUCCUUAUGACACAACCGGUAGAAGAUUAGAGUGUGACAUUUUGAUGACCACACAGGCACCUUCAUCAGACCAAUGUGGAGCAUACUAGCACUGACAUCCUUUCACUGAUUGUGUUAUAAGAACUUUUGUUUCAUUGACAUUACCAACCAGUAGAAAAUGUUCUGAAAUAUUUGAUAGCUGCAUGAAGGUGCAUGCAUGUAGUUCCAUACAUAUUUAUCUUAUGUUAUAUAUUUUCUCAUUCACUUGAGUUUCUUUUAAUUUACUAAACACGAAUAGAAAAAUGCUGCAGUCGAUGGAUGGAAUUGUCUUCAUAAUCAAGUUUUAUAAUAUAUUUCUUGACAUUCUACAUUUACAGACUAACAGCUCUGUUAUCAAUAAUUAUGUCUGUGAUUAAUUGAUAUAAUUACUUAAAAGUCUUUCAAUACGCA